AUGUUACAGAAUAAUGAUGCACAGAUAGAUGCGUUGGAAGCAAACCUACUCAAGCUCACCAAAAACCUUCUUGAAGACCCAGUCGAGAGGAUCCGGUUCUUCAAGGUAUGAAACUGUUUAUUCCCAGCUGGCUUCAAUCUUAAGUGUGAAUAACAACAUUUCGUCACUGAAUAGCAGGGCAUUAUCAACCAGUUGAAUUAUCAAAAAAAGUUUAUAGUCAAUGUCUGACGAACGGUCAGUAUGCGCUUCUGCUAUAGCAACUGCGCCAAGGGCAGCAACAUCAAUAUUAUCUCUCCUUGGAUUGCGGACGUACUCGUCUGUCAUACAAAUUGUGGGACUCCUUUCACUUUCUCUCUCCCUCUCAGGCAGAUUUCCCUGUGGUGUAUGGCUGUGAUUUUGACAGAGCUUUGCAGGCACUUGUUUGUCAGUUCCCUCUCCAGACUAGAAGAUCUGCUACCAGUGACAGACUUAAAGCAGGUAGAGAGCAAACCAAGGAAGAUGUUCAUAUCACUGAUAUUCAAUGCAGUCUUUAUGAGCUCCAUUUUGGCUCUAUGUUUAUCGUUAUAUCCUCAUCUUUAAAAUGUUGCAUUAAACACAUUGAGAGUGAUGUGUGAGAUAUAACAGGAUUUCUAUGCAUUUGUUACACAGCCUUAUUUUGGGUGUCCUAUCUCAAUCUCUCCUCCUUCCCAUAGACUGCAUCCUGGCUCAGCGCUGUCCCCUCUGCCUCGGAUGAGUGUCUGCAGCCUCUUUCUCACACUGAGGACCUGCAGUACCUGCUUCAGCACCACACAUGCUGUGGAAAGUUAGACAAAAGUGCUAAACUAAGCUCCUUUAUCACAAGACACAUUGUGACAGACCACUACGUGUUAACCUUUCUGACAUACUGACUUUUUACUUUACUCUCCUCUGCCCUUGUGUCUGUCAGCAUUUCCCUCCUCGGAAGAAGACUGCAUCCUCGCUUCACUGUCCCUCCCUACCCCAGUGGGAGUGGCAUAUGCCUCUGACAGCAAAUUAGAUGUCUUGCCUAACUUGGAAGGCUCUACCCAUGUAAGCAGAGAGAUGGAGGCUUUGUCAGACAGCAGAGAUUACCAACAGGCAGAAUCAAGAGCACGCUUCCAUGGAAACCAAAACUGCAAAGAAGAAAGAGCGUCUACCAUGGUUAGCGAUGAUGGUGAAUGCACAGAGGGAGGUGUGGAAGAGGAGAAUGAAAACAUAAGUGCUGUGGUUUUUACUGAACCAAAGGACCAGAGGAGAUGUGAAGGGACUGUUGGGGACCUGUGUGCUGCUGGAGCACCAGACCUCGCAGCCAACUCUCCAAUGGUCACCUCCAUUUUGGCUCUAUGUUUAUAUCCUCAUCUUUAAAAUGUUGCAUUAAACACAUUGAGAGUGAUGUGUGAGAUAUAACAGGAUUUCUAUGCAUUUGUUACACAGCCUUAUUUUGGGUGUCCUAUCUCAAUCUCUCCUCCUUCCCAUAGACUGCAUCCUGGCUCAGCGCUGUCCCCUCUGCAUCGGAUGAGUGUCUGCAGCCUCUUUCUCACACAGAGGACCUGCAGUACCUGCUUCAGCACCACACAUGCUGUGGAAAGUUAGACAAAAGUGCUAAACUAAGCUCCUUUAUCACAAGACACAUUGUGACAGACCACUACGUGUUAACCUUUCUGACAUACUGACUUUUUACUUUACUCUCCUCUGCCCUUGUGUCUGUCAGCAUUUCCCUCCUCGGAAGAAGACUGCAUCCUCGCUUCACUGUCCCUCCCUACCCCAGUGGGAGUGGCAUAUGCCUCUGACAGCAAAUUAGAUGUCUUGCCUAACUUGGAAGGCUCUACCCAUGUAAGCAGAGAGAUGGAGGCUUUGUCAGACAGCAGAGAUUACCAACAGGCAGAAUCAAGAGCACGCUUCCAUGGAAACCAAAACUGCAAAGAAGAAAGAGCGUCUACCAUGGUUAGCGAUGAUGGUGAAUGCACAGAGGGAGGUGUGGAAGAGGAGAAUGAAAACAUAAGUGCUGUGGUUUUUACUGAACCAAAGGACCAGAGGAGAUGUGAAGGGACUGUUGGGGACCUGUGUGCUGCUGGAGCACCAGACCUCGCAGCCAACUCUCCAAUGGUCACCUCCAGUGUGGCUCAAAAACCCUCAAUAUUUUCCCCCCCGACUUACACUCAAAAGUAAAGGGGACCACAGAGUCAAUUCCUCCAUGAGACCUAGAAAGAGCCCAGGAGGGAGGAUGGCUGAGUCCAGUGUGAACUCUGAUACAUCUCUGCUUGAAUCCUCACAGGAAACGUAAGAGCAAAGUGUGUUGGAAAUUGUGCUUGUGAAUUAGGUUUGUUUGACAUACACCACUGACACUAUGCAUCUUUACAUUUGAAUCCAUUAUAUUAAACUAUUGUUAUCUACUACUGUUGUGCAUUAGUAUUUAACUGAACAUGCUCUGUGGAUCCUCCCCCACAGGACUGGUGCUGAAGAAUCAAGACCAGUUUCUCUAGACCACGACGACACAGAAGAGGAAAACAAUGGUGAGACUUUUGAAACAGUGGGGCCCCAAGGAUUCCAUAGUUGUGUAAAUGCCCCAAGGAUUCCAUAGUUGUGCAAAUGCCCCAAGGAUUCCAUAGUUGUGCAAAGGCCCCAAGGAUUCCAUAGUUGUGCAAAGGCCCCAAGGAUUCCAUAGUUGUGCAAAGACAAUGGCAUUUAUUUUCUUGCUUUAUUCUCCACAGAACCUGCUUCAGGGGAGUCUUCUCAGCUGUCUAGCUGCGCUCAACCACCACCUAGUGACGUAUCACCAUCCUCGGAGACCCUUUCCAAAGCAUUGUCCACUGCACGGCGUAUUGCCCACAAGUGCUCCCAGUGUGGAAGGUGUUUUAUCUAUCCAUCUCAACUGGUUCAGCAUCAGCGAAUUCACACUGGAGAUCGACCCUACAAAUGCACACAGUGCGGAAAUACUUUCAGUAAUUCAACUGGGCUUUCAAAACACCACCAAAAACACUGUCUAGACGCGUCCUUCGAUUGCCCCAAGUGCAGGGAGAGUUUCAGAUCUCUCCGCAAGCGGUUCAGACACCUAUCUACUCACACGUCCCUCAAAUAUCUGUUGUGUGGAAAGAGUUGCCGGACGACUUCUGAUUUGCGAAAGCACCAGCAAACGCAUUGUGUGACGCCUUCGUUCAACUGCUCUCUCUGUGAAAAACGUUUCAAGUUCCUGUCGAGCCUAACCAGGCACAACAGGACCCAUUCUGUGGAGGGGGGGUAUGCUUGUUCCAAGUGUGGGAAAACGUUUGGAUCUUUAAGUGAACGGCUCCAACAUAAGAAGACACAUAGGGCACAGCUCAACUGUACGGAGUGCGGACGGAGUUGCAGUUCCCGCUCCGAACUAAAGAGUCACCAGCAAACUCACUCUCAUGAACCUCUCUUCAAGUGGCGACACUGUGAAGAGAAAUUCUUUGGGUCAGUUGAGCUGAAGAUCCACAAAAUAACUCAUGCAGUGGACAAACCCCAUCAGUGUGAUGCGUGUGGAAAGUGCUUUGGCGCCUUAGCCACUCUUGUACUCCACCAACGGACACACACGGGGGAGAAACUCCACACGUGUCCUCACUGUAAUAAGCAGUAUAUCUCCAAAAGUCAGCUGACGUCACACAUGCGGACUCACACGGGCGAGCGUCCAUACAGCUGCUCUUACUGCGGGAAGUGUUUCUCUCAGUUGGCUAAUCUUACUGUGCACACAAGGAUUCACACGGGGGAGAGACCCCACAUCUGCUCUCAGUGCAAGAAAGGGUUUUGCUCAGUCGGUGACCUGCAGAAGCAUGAGCGCUCUCACACCAAAGAGAAACCUUACAGGUGCACAGUUUGUGGAAAGGCCUUCAGUGUCAAGUCAUUUGACGGUUCACAUGCGCAGUCACACAGGAGAGCGCCCCUACACCUGCCCUGAGUGUGGAAAGAGUUUUGCGCAGAGCUCUGUGUUAACUAAUCAUCAACUCACCCAUACAGGACAGAGGCCAUACCCAUGCCAUCACUUUGGAAAAAGUUACACCCGUCUCACACACUUGAAGAGACACCUACAAACACACACUUGAGGGAGUACGGGGUGUUUUCCUGUUUUGGUUUAAUUCUGUAAAGCGUUACUUCAUGGAAUUAGUGCAGAUUGCUGUUUCACUGUCUGUCAAUGUGUUAUGCUGAAUAACAUCAAUGUAUGACUGAAAACCAUGCUCAUUCUCAUGCCUUUUUCUCAAACUGUAGUUUAUUGUGCACAUUACUGCUAACAUGGAUGGAAAGUAACAUUUCAAAAGAUAAAAUAACCUCUUUCAAGUUAUGUAUCAAAUAAAUGAGGCAUUUUAUGAGAUUUUCUAGCUUGGGCCUGCUUCUCUCUGGCAGUUUGUGGUUUGUGUCUGAGUUUCUUUUGAAUGUCUUGUAAUAAAUGUCUGCGUAAAAACCAAUGCAAAAACUGAAAAUACUAUUUUAACUUUUGACUGCAACAAUUAAUUUAGUUGUCGUCCUGCAGCUCUAACAUUAUGGCACAGUUCACUCAUUCAAUUCAAUUAAUUAUAUUACCUGAUCUAAAACAUUUAAAAAGGGGAAAAGGUUGUCAAAAUAUGGGCCUAAUUUAGAUACUAGGCCUACUGUAACAACAAAUGUGAGAUGUUUGCCCAUUUGAAAUGAUUUUAACGAACAAUGAAAUUGGUUGAUAUCAUUGAGUAAAGGUUCAUAUUCAUCAAAAAUAAAGAC